UUGCGCUUUUUUUCAGACUCUCGGUUGUAAAAUAUAACAAAGAACUUGAAAAAAAAUUAUAAUUGGCAAUUUAAUUGCAUUAAUAUCACGAAAAAUUUAAGUGGUUUAGUGAUGAUAGUAUAAAUUACUUGAUUUAAUAAAGAUAGUGAUUAACCAUCAUUAUUUGUGCUAAUUAUAAUCAGCUUCCAGACGAUUUUAAGGCUUGACAAUGGGGAAACGUUGUGGAGUUUUAAAUUGUAGACACAGUAAUAGUUCAUUAAAUUCAAAGAGAUGCACUGUAUUUAAAAUGCCAUCGUUCUUUGAACAUUUUCAAAAAGUUCUACAGUUGACUGGCAAUGAGAGGUUAAUUUCUAUGACACAUUCAACAAUAGUCAGAACAAUUGGCAUAUGUAUAUGCCAUUAUAAUGUUAAAAAACAAAUAAUUGGCAAAGGAAAAAAUCGUAGGCCUUCAAAAGGUGAAUUACCAUGCCUUCAUCUUCCUGGAAAACAAUUAACUGAACAGAUGAUACAAGAAUUUAAAAAAGUAAAAGAUUCUAGAAAGCUGGGUUUGGAAAGUUUAGACAAAGAUGAUUCUAAUAAUUUAGAUCCAAAUCCAAUAAAUGAUGGUGAUGAACCUGGUAUUAGAAUGGAUGCUUCUCCAGAUGCAACAUUACUUGAUAGAUCGUCUAUGUCAAUUGAUGUUAAUCCAGACGAUACUCUUGAUUCACCGUUAAUAUCAAUGGAAAAUAAUUCUGGAAAUGACAUAGAAAAUGCAAAUUGUUUGUCCCCAUCAGAAAAAGAAAUUGCUGUGCUAAUUCUGCAAAUGGGAAAAUGGGGUGGAGAUUUUUGGGGAUUUACGAAAGGGCUAUGUUGGGGCUGGUUGUACAGAUUUUAAAAAGCAACAUUAUGGAUUUGUAAAAUAUCUAAUAAUAUUUUAAUAUUCACAACAAUUGCUGUGCUAAUUCUGCAAAUGAGAAAGUAGGUUGGAGAUUUUUGGGAGUUGGCAAAAGGAAAUUGCUGUGCUAAUUCGGCAAAUGGGAAAGGAGGGUGGUUAUUUUUGGGAGUUGGUGAAAGAGCUGUGUUGGGGCUGAUUAAACAGAUUUUAAAAGGUAACUUCAUGGGUUUGUAAUACACCAGUCGAAAAUUAUCAAUUUUUAAAAUGCUUAUUUUCUUUUUCAUGAGUGAAUAGGUUGGAAAAAGGUAGGCACAUAAAAUUUAUUUUUUAA